AAAAGACAUCGUCCUACUUCCUGCUGUAUGUCCCGAAGAGUGCAAGGCAAAAAUGACUGUACCAAUGGCUAAGUUCUUUUUGUUGUCGUUCAAAGUGAUUAUGUUAUGCCUCGCUGUUGAUGCCGUGUUUGAAGAUCAAGUGGGAAAAUUUGACUGGAGGCAGCAAUAUGUUGGCAAUGUCCGCUUUGCUCAUUUUGAUGCACACCUGCAGUCAUCCAAAAAGGUGAUUCUGGCAACCGAGAAGAAUGUUUUUGCUGCAGUAAACACCAGGACUGGAGAACUUUUUUGGCGGCAUGUGGAUAAGAAUGGGCCAGAGGGAAAUAUCAAUGCUCUUCUUCAUCAUGGACAAGAUGCUGUGCUUGUGGUAGGAAAUGGCCGCAUAUUGCGUUCUUGGGAUAUAAAUGUUGGUGGUUUGAAUUGGGAGAUUGUCCUGGACUCUGGCAGUUUCCAGGCGGCAUCUUUUGUUGGACAGCAAGACACAGUUAAGAAUGUUGCUGUUUUGAAGAAAACUGCCUUGUCUCUUCAUUAUCUUUCAAAUGGUCAUCAAAAGUGGAUUGAGAAUCUCCCAGAUGGCGAGACAGUGGAUUACCAGUUUGUGUAUUCUGGAGGAACUGGGGAAGUGUAUGUACUGGGAGUCCUGCCUCAUUCCCACAUUGCUAUUGUUACUUACAGUGUGGACGAUGGCGAAAUAAUAAAGCAGGUUUCAGUGGAAGCGCCGUGGCUGUCAAACAUACAAAGCAGCUGCGCCAUGGUCAGCCAGGGAAUAUUGAUGUGCAUGGAUACCUUGUCAACCUCUCUCUACAUGCUUGAUGUUCAUGCACAGACACAGAUGACCCAGAUCCCUCUGGAGUCACUAGGGCUCCAUGUUGCACCCGACUUCCUUCCCGUGUUGGUGUCCGCCCAGCCUAAUCCGUCCCGGCGCCCGCUCUCUGAGUUCCUCCUUCAGCUCAGUCCCGACCAUUACCUGCUUCUUCAGCUCAACAACGGACAGAUCGUCACACUGAGGGAUUUCAAGCCUGCGAUGCUGGCUUCAUUUGCCACCACCGGAGAUAAAACCGUUGUUGCUGUUAUGUCACCCAAGAAUAAAACGGCCUGCAGCGUGAACUUGUUCAGCGCAGAAACUGGACGCAGACUUCUCGACACCACCUUGAAUGUUAACAUCGAUCCUAAUAGUGGCAAACCCGAGAAGCUGUACGUUCAGACAUUUUUAAAGAAAGACGACUCUGUUGGCUACAGGGUCAUGCUGCAGACCGAAGACCACACGCUGAGCUUUUUGCAACAGCCAGGGCGUGUCGUGUGGACCAGAGAGGAGUCUCUUUCAGACGUAGUGACCAUGGAGAUGGUGGAUCUGCCCCUCACGGGAACACAGGCCGAGCUAGAAGGGGAAUUUGGCAAAAAGGCCGCCAUUCAAGAUGGCCUGAUGUCCAUGGUCCUGAAGCGCCUGUCCUCCCAGCUCAUCCUCCUACAAGCAUGGGUCGCUCACCUCUGGAAGCUCUUCUACGAUGCGCGCAAACCUCACAGCCAAGUUAAAAACGACGUGAGCAUUGAGACGCUGUCCAGAGAUGAAUUCAACUUGCAGAAAAUGAUGGUCAUGGUCACCGCAUCUGGCAAGCUCUUUGGCAUUGACAGCAAAACGGGCACUAUUUUAUGGCGGCACUACCUGGAGAACAUCCCAUCCAACGCAGCCUUCAAACUCAUGGUGCAACGGACCACUGCCCACUUCCCUCACCCCCCUCAAUGCACACUGCUCAUCAAAGACAAGGACACGGGCUUGACAACGCUCCAUGUUUUUAACCCCAUCUUUGGGAAGAAGAGCCACGUUGCCCCGCCUGCUCUGCCUCAGCCAAUACUUCAGUCGCUCAUGCUUCCACUCAUGGACCAGGAUUACGCAAAAGUCUUACUGCUUGUCGAUGACCAAUAUAAGGUGUCUGCCUUCCCCUCCACAAAGAAUGUCUUGCAGCAGCUCCAGGAAAUGGCUUCGUCUAUAUUCUUCUACUUGGUGGACUCCAUCCAGGGGAGACUGUCUGGAUAUAGGCUGCGAACGGAUUUGUCAACUGAGCUCAUCUGGGAGGUGGUGAUCCCCACAGAGAUCCAAACAAUUGUCUCGGUCAAAGGAAAAAGGCCAAAUGAGCACGUGCACUCACAGGGUCGCGUCAUGGGCGACCGCAGCGUCCUCUAUAAGUACCUGAACCCCAACCUACUGGCGGUGGUGACCGAGAGCACCGACAUGCACCAAGAACGAAGCUUUAUCGGCAUCUUGCUGAUCGACGGCGUGAGCGGUCGAAUCAUCCACGAGGUCGUUCAGAGGAAAGCCAGAGGGCCGGUGCACGUUGUGCACUCUGAAAACUGGGUGGUGUAUGAAUACUGGAGCACCAAGUCUCGCAGGAACGAGUUUUCGGUGAUCGAACUGUACGAGGGAAUGGAGCUGUACAACAGCACCGUCUUCAGCUCUCUGGAUCGGCCGCACGCCCCGCAGGUGCUGCAGCAGUCUUACAUUUUUCCUUCGUCCAUCUCCACCAUGGAGGCCACGCUGACCGAGAAAGGCAUCACCAGCCGCCAUCUCCUCAUUGGCUUGCCGUCAGGAGGAAUUUUAUCACUCCCCAAAAUGUUCCUCGACCCUCGGAGGCCUGAAAUCAUAUCUGAGCAGAGCCGGGAGGAGAACCUGAUCCCUUAUGCUCCAGAGUUGAUCAUCCGCACCGAAUGGUUCGUCAACUACAAUCAAACGGUUUCACGAGUGCGUGGAAUUUACACUGCCCCCUCUGGACUGGAGUCCACAUGUCUGGUGGUGGCAUACGGUCUCGACAUCUACCAAACCCGCGUCUAUCCUUCCAAACAAUUUGACGUGCUGAAGGACGACUAUGACUACAUGCUGAUCAGCAGCGUGCUCUUCGCACUUUUCUUUGCCACCAUGAUCAGCAAGCGGUUGGCUGAAGUCAAGCUGCUCAACAGGGCCUGGCGGUAAAGCGGUCACCGGCUGCGUCACCAGUUUUCCGACAGCCCGGACGCUGCACUUCGGACCUCAGGCCGGGAAGACGACGGGUAGCGGAGGUCCAAAAAAGGCCCAAAAGGAACUGCAGGGGGAGGGAGGGAGUACUUUUUUUUUUUUUUUGUGUCUGUUUGUUUUUUAACUUAUUUGUAGGCAAAGGAACAAGUCAUAGUGGAGUAAUUUUAUUUGUGCCAUGUUUGGAUAAAAUCUAGC